AUGCGCACGACGACGAGUGGACUUUUAACUCCCAGUGUAGCUCGCAAUGGCAUGGGUUCUGGCACUACGCCGACCAAAACGAGCAGCUGUACUUUAUGGGUCGCACAGCCGAUGACCUUUCUCUUUUUAGAGCUCAUAGAGACGCUGCGGUAUCAAAGAAUAUCGCCCAACGACAUAAUUGAGAGAGAUAUACUCAUUGUAUGGUCCGGAUAUAUCAAGCAGUGCGAGAGCCUUCCGGAUGACAAGGUAGCCGAGUUGCACGAGCUGUACAAGACACAAAAACCCUCAAAUAUCGGUUCAAAUGUUACAUGA